AAGUUUCACCUUUCGCCAUUAGGUGGCGGUUAUGCGAGUCAAGGUGAUGCGAGUGAUGCGAGUACUACUCUGAGUAGGUUUCAAGUUCUUUGGCACAAUGUUUUUUUGGUGAUUAAGUAGGCACUACAGUUCGUUGUAAUUCAGUACACCAUACAAUAUACAAAUCAUGUCAACCGCAGUUAUAAUCGGAGGAGGUAUUUCCGGACUGUCAGCAGCGUAUUACCUCAGUAAACUACUCACUGUGUCUUCAACUUUUCAAAAGGUUAUUCUCGUGGAAGGAUCAGCACACCUAGGUGGGUGGAUAAAAAGCAAAAGGUAUGAUGAUGGCACUGUAUAUGAAUUGGGACCACGAAGCAUUCGUCCGGCUAACAAACAAGGAUUCAACACAUUAGAAAUGGUGGAGGAUUUAGGCUUAUCUAGCAAGGUUCUGCCAGUACUGACGGACCAUGUUGCCAGCAACAAUCGGUUCAUAUACGUUGAUGGCAAGCUUGCUAUGCUUCCGACACCUAAAGCGCUGUUCAGGUCCAGUCCUCUUCUUAACCAGAGUCUUGCGAGCAUGCUUUGGAAAGAAUUGUUCACUAAGAGCAUAAAGGUUGAAGACGAAACUGCAGAUUCAUUUAUUACAAGAAGAUUUAGCAAAAAGGCUGCAAUGUACCUAGCUGAUCCAAUGUGUCAGGGUGUAUUCGCAGGCAAGUCAACUGAGUUGAGUGCAAGGUCAUGUUUUUCUGAUGUCUUUAAAGCAGAACAAGAGUACGGGUCGAUCGUUAAAGGAAUGUUCAAGUCGGCAAGGUUAAAAAAAGACAGUGCAAAAAGUCAACUGGGUAUGCUGGCCAAGCAGCAACGCUGGACCAUGUGGUCAUUGCAGGACGGUUUGCAGACACUCUCUGAUUCCCUCACUGAUACGCUCAGUGAAUCGGAGCACAUCAUGGUACAGAGUCAGGAACCGUGCACGGCAUUGGGUUUUCAGAAUGGAAAGAUAGUCGUCGAGACUCCAAAUCUAAAAAUAGAAGCUAAUCACGUAUUUUCAGCACUUCCUGCCAAAGAUAUUUCCAAGCUUUUGUAUCCAAACCACCAAGAUCUUGCUCAGAUAUUAGGUAGGAUACAGUCAUGUACAGUGGGAGUGGUCAACCUUGAGUAUAAGGGAAGGCCAGUAAAAACUGAGGGAUUUGGGUACUUGAUACCUUCUAGUGAAAAGGCCAAAAUUUUGGGUGUUGUGUUUGACUCCUGCGCCUUCCCCCAACUUGACCGGAAUGAUGGCGAAUAUUCACGGUUUUCGUGCCUAAUGGGAGGUGCGUGGUUCGAGGAGCUGUAUGGUAAUGCAGACAGUGUGGAUCCAAACACACUGCUGGAUGUAGCAGUCGAAUCUAUGCGAAAUCACCUGGGUGUAACAGUGAAUCCUGUUAGAUCAAAUGUCACAAUAAAUAAGAACUGCAUCCCUCAGUACUACGUUGGUCACCACAAUAUAGUCAGCAGCAGCAGACAAUACAUUACACAGAAUCGGCUGCCAAUAAGUUUGCUUGGAGCAUCGUAUGAUGGCGCUAGCAUCAAUGACUGCAUUUACAAUGCUAGAAAGGAAGUUGAAGCUGUGGUAGGAGUAAAGAAUACCAGCUAAAGUUCUAGUGAAAUCAGGUGGUUACUAACCAGUAGCUUGUGCACAAAUACAGUUGUUAUUUUGUGUUAAAUGUGUUGUCAGUAGUCAAGCAAGUUUGGUGUAGCCGUGUAGAUCACAGAGUGAGAAUGAUAAUUUUUUGGCUUCAUGAAUAAUCAUGUUUAAUUAUCCCUGCCAGAAUUGAACUGCAAACCAAACUUUCUGUCAUGGUUUUAACUUUUUGGAAUAACUGAUGUCUCAAUCUACGAUGAAAAAUUUCAGUUUUAGAAAUUUCUAGAGGUUACAUUUAAUGAGAUAAUGUAAACCCUCAAUAUGCAAGUAAAGUUUGUAUAAUAUUAAUAAAAAUAACUCAAUUUAGUAUGGUUACAUAUACAUGGUACAUGUACGUAUAUGGCUACAUAUUACUCACCUAACACGAUUUGUAUUUGUAAUAUUUCGAUUAUUAGACUGCGGGGUGAACCCCCAAAUUAUGUUUUUUUGCGCCCACCAAGUGGCAAUUACAUAAUAUGCUCACAUAUUGUAAUUAAAUAUAUUUUAAAAGGUC